AUGGCUGCGUCAAACCCUCUCAGCCCGGACGCCAUUGUGCAGUCCAUGGCCGACGCCCUACCGACGCACCAAAAGGACGACACCACCUCGGACCUCAGCGGCAGCUACGAGGCGCUCGCGCUCUUCACACACGCCUGCCUGGUGAACCUGGGAUUCCGGCUGGUUGGGCUCAGCGAGGAUCGCAAGAACGAGUCCGAGUGUCAGGAGCUGGCCCCACGGCUGCCCGCGGCCUGGAACGCCUCGUUCAACGCCUACACUUUCGUCUACGCCCACACACAGUCCGCCAUGACCUUCACCCUCAAAGUCGACCGCAUGGGCCAGCGCGCCGAGGUGCGCGGCAUCGCCAGCGACACGGACCGCGUCGUGCGUGUCGACGUCAGCCCCAGGGACUACGUCUCGUCGGCCGCCCUGCCCGUGCGCAUCUCGCUGCUCGACGACGGCGCCGCCGAGGACAGGUCCGACCUGCCGGAUAAGCUGCGCGCCGUCUUCAUCUCCAACGAGCGCAUCGCCGACCUCGCCUCGCUCGUCAAGGUCUCCAUCGUCCAGCGUCUCGUCCCGGGUCUCGACAAGCCCGGAUACCAAGAGGACCCGGACGACCGCGCCGCCGAGGACGAUGCGCGCCGCCCGCAGAGGGAAGCCGGGCCCGCCAACCCCGACCCAGCCCGCGGACCACAGCAGCCUCGAAACCCGGGCCUGCCCGACCCAGCACGUCCGUAUCCCUUUGACGACCCGCUCGCAGCCCCUCCCCAGCCCCGCCGGCCGGUUGCCGACUUCCCGCCCCCGGACUUCGAAGACGAGUAUGAGAUAAAUAGACCGCAUGGCCGCGGCCCCCUGCUUGGAAUGGGUGACGGCCGGUCGCCCUUCAACAUUGGCCACGACGACCUCCACCCGCCCGGCCUGGGCCCGCACGACCCCCUGCGGCCCUCUUUCGCCGGCGGCCUGCCACGGCCUGGCGGUGGCUUUGGCGGCGGUGGUAUGCAUCCCACGUUUGACGAUCCGCUCUUUUCUGGUGGCCCCCGCGGUGGUUCGGGCGAAGGUGGAAGGUUCGACCCGCAAGUACCACCGGGAGCAAGAUACGAUCCUGUGGGUCCUGGUGAUGAUCCCUUUGGCGGCAGGAGAGGCAACCGGGGUCCCUUUGGGGGUGGUGGUGGAAGGGGUAGUGGAGGCUCGCCGUUUGGCGGUGGUGGAGGUGGAUUCGGAUUCGGUGGUGAUAUAAUUUGA